UAAUAAUUAGCUGCUCAACAAGACCUUAACUAGCUGAAUCAGAUAUGCUAAAUUAGGAUUGGGUUGAUAACCUACAGGACAGUAGAUCUCCAGGAAGAGGGUUGGGCUUGCCCUAUAAAGUGCACCACAGCCCUAUUGGCCCUGGUCAAAGUAGUGCAAUAUAUAGGGAAUAUCGUAUCAUUUGGGACUCAUUAAUAGUUCCAGUACUGUAGGACUGACUAGCACAGGUGUCCCUGGCCCCUCCCCCAAACCCUAUACUCACCAUAACCUUUAACCCCCAGACUGCUGAGGUCCCCCAGUAUGACUUCUACAGCUGUUAUAGGCCCUAUACUCACCCUAACCUUUAACCCCCAGACUGCUGAGGUCCCCCAGUAUGACUUCUACAGCUGUUAUAGGCCCUAUACUCACCCUAACCUUUAACCCCCAGACUGCUGAGGUCCCCCAGUAUGACUUCUACAGCUGUUAUAGGCCCUAUACUCACCCUAACCUUUAACCCCCAGACUGCUGGAGUACCUUCAGGCCAUGAGGAACUACUUCCUCUUGGAGGCAGGAGACACCAUGUAUGACUUCUAUACAGCCAUCUUUGAUAAGGUCCUGGAGAAGGAGAGCUGGCAGCAACUGGCGUUCCUCAACGUUCAACUGCAGGAAGCUGUGGGACAGCGGUGUCCAGAGGACAGCAGCAGGUUGUCUAUCUUUCUGGAGACGAUAGACCCAGUCAGAAAGAAACAGCCAAUUAAUAAUCUGGAUGGUUUGACCCUCAGUUACAAGGUGCCCUGGCCUGUUGAUUACUGUGGUCAGCUCAGAGUGUCAGAGGAUCUACAACCAG